AUGAAGGCAAGAGUAGAUCCUACCCUAUACUAUUCCCGGAAAGUAUGCAUAGAAGUAUCUGUUUCUCUUUUGGUUCCCCUCUCCGCCUCCAAUGAUACCGAAUCUUCUAAUGACAACUAUAAAAAUCUCAAAAUCUCUGGCACCGGUUUAUUCCGCGAUGUGCCCGUGAUGGCUAUCAGCACAAUAUGCGAGGCACUAACCUACCAACUCGAAGAAGAAAAGUCCUCCUUCAUACCCGUUUCGAGCUUAUUUUCGCAUCAAAACCUACGGGAAAUUAUCGAAGAAUACAUCCACCUCCUUGACAUGAGAAUACAACAUCGCGAAACAAACAUAAAAGGCUAUGUGUUAUUUUCGUGUGUACUCGAACAUAUUAAUGCCAUCCAAGCUGGCUUGUCGGUUGAACAGGCAAUUGCUUCUGCUUUGAACCGGAGCUUGGAUCAGUGUUACUACACAUUGAAAACCAGAGCGAUGGCAUGGGGAAUUAAUAUGUCACCAGACAUCGACAUAGAUACCUCUGGACAUACUCAACCUGAUGAUAGAACACUUGGGACCCAUGAUUGGCUUAUUGACGAUGGGUUUGUAAGGUUUGCCUUUAUCCCCGUUUUUGUUGUACAAGUAAAUUAA